AUGGGCAUCAAAGAUGAACAACUCGUCUCCCUUAACGCAAGGACUAGCCUAGACUCGCCCCUUAAAAGGGAUAGCCUUGUCCUUCUGCACUCUCGACAGUUAAACCUAAGACCCGAACCGGAAGUCUAUAUUGACAACACCAACGUCAAUUUCUAUAAUGACGAAGGAGACAAUCUUCUUCACAUAUCAUUCCGCCGUGUUGAGAAAGAAAUUGUCUUCAAUAGUGGACCGGUAGGCGGCGACUGGGGCGACGAAGAGAGAGUCGAUCUACCGGGCGUAUUUUUCAGGGAUGACUCAUAUGUCAUUGUUUAUGACCACGGAGACCGCUAUCAGAUUCUUAUUGAUGGUCGCACUGUGCACUAUUUCACCAAGCGCCAGGGUGGGGAAGGAACAUCUGUGGGAUACUCUGUCAAUGACGGAACCGUCAGCCCCAUCUUCUCUUCUACACUUGGUGUUGUCCCAAGUCCUCACUUGAACCACGUUCUGGAUAUUUGA